AUGACAGAUUUUGAUGUUAUUUUAGUACCAACAGCAGAAGCUUUCCAUUUAUUAAACUUUCCAAUCACUCAAAUGAAAGAGUUUGAAUCUGUCUACUAGAUUGAUAAAAUUAAUUACAAACCAAUAUCAACACAUAUUGAAUUAAUCUAUGCAAAUACGACAUAGGGAGAUCAGAGAUUGGAAGAAAAAGUUAAAUUUAAUUCAUAAAUUAUUAAUAAUCGCACUUAUUAUGCAUUGACCAAAUUGGAUGAACACAAUAAGAAAAUAUACCUUUAUGUCAUAACUAAUUUUUAAAAUAUGCGUGUUUAAACAAGUAAAGAUAUGGAGGUUCAAUCACAACCGUAAUAACAAUAAUAAUAACAAUAACAAUAAUAACAAUUAUAAAAGAAAUAUUUUAAACAUUAUUAAGAAAUCAAAGCCAAGGAGACAACAGUUGAAUUAAAGCUAUAAAAUAUGAAUUUAGAGACUCCAAAGAAUAUACAAUCCUCUAAAUAGAUGUCCUCAGAUGAAUACAUGAAAUAUAUUUUCGAUAGUUGA